CGCAUGCGCGACCCCGCUGCCGCUCUCCGAGAAGAUGGCGGCGUCCUCGCUGUGCUGGGUGCUGCGGGCCGCUCGGCAGGUUCUCCCCCCGCCCUGCACUAGCCAAGUGCGCAGCUACUACGUGGACUGGAGGAUGCUGCGGGAUGUCAAGAGAAGGAAGCUGGCGUACGAGUACGCGGACGAGAGGCUGCGGAUCAACGCCAUCCGGAAGAACACCCUCCUCCCCAAGGAGCUGCAGGAAGUGGCUGAUAAAGAGAUUGCUGACCUGCCCCGGGACAGCUGCCCUUCGAGGAUCCACAAUAGGUGUGUCCUGACAUCCCGCCCUCGGGGGGUGAAGCGGCGCUGGAGGCUCAGCAGAAUAGUUUUCCGCCACUUUGCUGACCAUGGUGAGAUGUCUGGGAUACAGAGGGCCAUGUGGUAGAUCACCGCAUGGAUAUGCAUUCAGGCUGAAAACACAAAGCAAGUUCAGUCUGUGUUUGAGUUAGUUAAAGCAAGACUGUCCUGUCCAAGAGCCCAGCACCAGUAUCAAACUGAUAAAGGCAGGAUGAAAAGCCAUGCUGAUGCCUUAAACUCACUGGAUUGCAGCUGGUAUGAGUUGACAAAAAACAGUAUAACCACAUUAAACUUGUCUGUAUGAGGCAGUUUUAUUGGGGGGGGG